AUGUCAACGGUAUUACUGGACGCCAGGGAGUGUCCUCGCUCUCCGCCUAGGCUGUUUCUCCGAGACAACUUGUACUACGAAGGAUCACGGCUGCUAUGCACCCUGCUCUACGUCCUGAUCACUGUGAAAGCGGUAUAUUUGAUCGGCAUGGGCACUGGCUGUAUGGAAUUGGAAGAGUCGCAGUAUUGUACUCCUCUAAGUAUUCACCACACCACGUACGAAUUCACCAUUCAAUUGUUGACUGAGUUCGUUCCCAGCGCGCUACUACUUAUUCACGCGCCAGGGCAAGGGUUUGUCAUCUUAUCACCAACGUAUUCGCUCGUCACAAUGUCGGUAUCCGCUACUUUGACUGGCGGUAGCUGCUGUACGAGAAACCAACGUGAUAAGCUCUCGGCACCCAAUUAUGCUUACGCGCCUAUUCGUGGUAUUACACCACGUCAACCCUGCCAGGAAGAUGUUAUUCCAAUGCUUACGGGGCACACAAAUGAGCAUACGGGUCGGCUAGCAGCACAAUGUCGACCUCUACAGCAAAGCUCUGAUCAUGCAGCAUUAGCGGAGCUUUCUUGCUUGACAGCAUUAGUGAAAGUGCGCUUGCCAGUGCAGGUUCUAAGACGGGUCUAA